AGAUUUACUCUGUAUUUCGCAGCAGAGCAGGGAAAUGAAGCAUUGGUAAAGUUCCUUCUUGGAAAAGGCGUCAAUACAAACGAACAAUUCCCUUCUGGUGAUUGUGCACUUAUCGCUGCUGCUUCCUCAAACUCGCCUUCGCACAAAUCUGUAAUGAGGCUACUGGUUGACUCAGGGGCAAAUGUCAACCCUAAAAGACCUGUCAUGAACCAAUCACCUCCAAUUUGGACACCUCUUCAAGCCGCAAGUUACGCUGGAAACAUGUUUGAAGUCAAGCUGCUGCUGAGACACCAAGCUGAUAUUCAUGCCGAUGCGGGCGUAGUACACUUUGACAGACCCGCGUUACCAAAGUCAUUUACAGCACUUUCGGCGGCUACAUACCACGGACAUACUGGAAUUGUGCGGCUGCUCCUUGAAGCUGGGGCUAAAGUU